AGGAGAAAAAACAAUGACAGGCAAACUGAUGGCAACUGCAUGAUUGAAGCUAUACAGAUUUUUAAGUAUCUGUAUUUUCUUUCGGCAAUAUUUGAAAAUACUCAGAGGGUUUACUCUAGCAAGAAUAAAACCAAAUACAAGAGGAAUUGGACUCCAGGAAAUAAGGAUAAACAAAGAUGUUCAUGAGAUAAACCAUUAAAUUUAAUUUACAUUACCUACACACUUGAUUGGUGAAAAUAUCUCAGGUGAUCAUUGUCAGCAGGAAGGAAGAUACAGCCCUGGGGUAGGAGACGUCUGGCCGCAGGCCAUAUAAGACUCCUGACAUCAUCAAUACCAACGAACAUCACAGGCCUCACCAAAGGGAAGUUCCAGCCAUCACCCUAGGGAUUUAAAGUGUGACUGACUCUUACAUUAUUUUGGCUGAUCCUCACCAUGAACCGUGCUUUUAGCAGGAAGAAAGACAAAACAUGGAUGCAUACGCCUGAGGCUUUAUCAAAACACUACAUUCCCUAUAAUGCAAAGUUUCUUGGCAGUACAGAAGUGGAGCAGCCCAAAGGAACAGAAGUUGUGAGAGAUGCUGUGCGGAAACUAAAGUUUGCCAGACAUAUCAAGAAAUCUGAAGGCCAGAAAAUCCCUAAAGUUGAGUUGCAAAUAUCAAUUUAUGGAGUAAAAAUUCUAGACCCUAAAACAAAGGAAGUCCAGCACAAUUGCCAACUUCAUAGAAUAUCAUUUUGUGCAGAUGAUAAAACUGACAAGAGGAUAUUCACUUUCAUAUGCAAAGAUUCUGAGUCAAAUAAACAUUUGUGCUAUGUAUUUGACAGUGAAAAGUGUGCUGAAGAGAUAACCUUAACAAUUGGCCAAGCAUUUGACCUGGCAUACAGGAAAUUUCUAGAAUCUGGAGGAAAAGAUGUUGAAACAAGAAAACAGAUUGCAGGGUUACAGAAAAGAAGCAGCAGAAGCAGCAGAUGCUGGAUCCAAGACCUAGAAACGGAAAAUAUGGAACUCAAAAACAAAGUGCAAGAUUUGGAAAACCAGUUAAGCAUAACCCAAGUAUCAGCCUCACCAGUAAGCAAUGUGACUCCCAAGUCACCAUCAACUGACAUCUUUGAUAUGGUUCCAUUUUCUCCAAUUUCACCCCAGUCUUCAGUACCUACUCGCAAUGGCACACAACCACCUCCAGUACCUAGUAGAUCUUCUGAGAUUAAACGAGACCUGUUUGGAGCAGAACCGUUUGACCCAUUUAAUUGUGGAGCAGGGGAUUUUCCUCCAGAUAUUCAAUCAAAAUUAGAUGAAAUGCAGGAGGGGUUCAAAAUGGGACUAACACUUGAAGGCACAGUAUUUGGUCUCGACCCAUUAGACAGCAAGUGUUGAUGUCAAGGACAAGAUAUUCUGACUCAUGUUACAUUUUUAAUAUGCAUAUGUAUUGUUGUUACCUUAUGAUAGGUAUUAUACAUGUACCAAUAUCUUUUUGAACAUUUUAAUUUUUUGAAAAUUAUUUCAGUUAAAUUUCCCCACAUAUUCACCAUUGGUUCAUAACUUUAAAAAAAUACACUGUAGAGUAAAUCAUUGUGUUCCUUUCUUUUUUCUGUUGGAAAUUAAUUUCAGAUAAUUUAAGGCAAAUUACCCAAAUAUCUGUGAUACAUCUGAGUUUUAAACAGUUGGCAUCUUGGAAAUUUUCAUUCAUUUUCCAGACUGCUGAUAUAUUACUGCUUUUUCAAAAGCCAUAUUUCAAUGCCUUUUCAAGUCCUGCAGAGGUAGACCAAUGCCAGAAUAAAUAUUUUUAAUUUUUAAACAAACAAUCCUAUGACCAUUAAUUAGAUAUAUAUCAUUUUAUCUUCUAAAUGUUGAUAGCUUCCUUCAAACAUGUAAGCUUUGAAAAUAAUGCCACCAGGUCAUUAAUUUUUAUUGGAUAUACUAACAAGAAUGAGUAUAAAUUCCAAUCACAAAGCAACCAACUGUGUUUAGAAUGUUUAUUAGUAAAUGUAGUAUAAUUGUUAAUUAUCAUUAUUAUAGUCAACAUGUUUUUGUUUCAUUAGUAAAGAUUGUGGAAAAAUGAAUAUUUUCCAUUUUGAAAACAUUCCAAUCUGAAUUUCUAAGGAGAUAAGUUUCAUUACUACAUCUAACAUCAUCUUAAAUGAUAGUUUUUGUUUCAAAAAGAAUAGAAAAGAUCUGUAGUUACAAUGUCUAGUACCCAUAUUUACUUUAUAAAAUUUCUUUUUCUGCCCUAAGUAAUGACUGUCCGCUGGCAUGUCUUCCCUUGAUAAAGGUAUUUCCUCACCAAAGUUUAUUUUGUGGUGCCUCAUUAGUUUUGAUAUUUUAAGAUCUAUGGCAACUAUUCUUUAUGAAUCAUCAAUAUUAUUUAGAAAAUACAAUUUGCGCUUGUGCUGAAUUCAGAAUCUUAUUUUUCUUAAGAAUGCAGUUGCUGCUUUACUUGUCUUACAUCUUGUGUUUUAUAUGAUAAUAAACUAUGCUCUUAAGAAAUAUAUUUUCUUUAUAUUUGCCCAGACUUUAAUUUUUACUCAAAAUAAAAUUAUGGUCAAAAUUUCUAAUUUGAUUCAUCACAUUGUAAGAAAAGUAAAUUCAUGAAAAGGCGGUCUUAUAUUGAGGACAACCCUCAAAAGUAGAAUUUUCUAUAUUCAUGGAAAAAUGUUUCAAGUGAUAAUUUCUUCAAGGUACAUUUAGGUAGUAGUAAAGUAGUAUUUUACUACUACAAGGUAGUAAAAUAAAUCAAAUAUCCUUACACAAUAGUUUAUUUGUGUAUAUAUCCAAGCUGUUUUAUGCUGUAUAUAAGCCUUCUUGUUUGUUUUCUGUCAUCUGGUAUGAUGUAUCCGCACUAGAGGGUAGCUUUUAUUUUGCCAAUAUAGUGAUAUUCCCCCUUCACAGUUACCUACAGUAGAACAAAUGCCCUGCUUGUAUGCAUUUCCUUGUUAGUCUAUAUUUAAUUCAUAAAGAUUUUUGUAUACUCUAACUAGCCAUAGUGAUGAAGUUUUCAAGCGUUAACUGAAAAAUUAGCAGGUGAAACCCACCAGCCUUCCCCUGGGAGAAAGAUGUGGCAGUCUGCUUCCGUGAUGGUCCAGCCAUAGAAACUAAUGGAGCAGUUCAACUCUGCUCCAUAGAGACCCAGUGAGUUUGGGAUAUGUUUCACAAAGAAGAGUCUUUAUAAUUUUGUUUGUCAUAUAGUAUUUUGGAAUUUGUACAAUGAGGAUGUUUAGAAGCCAUAUCAAUGGCUUUUUUUAAACAGAUAGAAUUUGUAUUUUUAUUGUACUUAAAAAAAAUGACAUAAUCAGCAUAUAUUUAGGGGCCAUUUAUUACCGAUGGUAACACAAUAGAGUACUAAGAUGGUAUUUGCACACACGAGAUAUGUUUCAUUACCAGUUUUUAAUGGUAAUCAGCUCUGCUUCUAGCAUGAUUAAAUAGUACAUAAUCAGCCAUUAAUUAUGAAGUUAUUUCCCCAGUGCUUUUUUUAUGAGGAUCUGGUUGAAAAUUGUAUUUCUAUGUAAUCUCAAUGAUGUGUUUAAUUUUGCUGAAAAAUAAAUGUUUUUAAAUAAAUUCAA